ACUGAGGAUGAAGAUGAUGCACAAAAGACACAGAUAACACAAACAACAUAUCAACAGGACACCGAUAUCAAUGCUAUGAUAUUGAAAUUGGAAAGUGUGCUGGCUUCCAGCUGUACAGAUACUCAGACUGCCACCAAAAUGUCUCCACCAAUUCCCCCGACAUCAAAUGCUAUCAAUGACAUUAUGGCAAAGACUAAGUUGAAGCGCAUGAGAGAGUAAGUGCUCUAACCAUUUUAUUAUUUGAAACACAAUGCAGUGAUCUGUACUACUGAAAGACCUAAAUAUUCCCAUAACUGCAAGUGAGAUACUAUAUCUAUGCAAUAUUUUUUUCAAUGCCUCUUUUACUCUGUUACAGUG